AGUGAGUGAAUACAAAAGUGUCAUUUCCAUCGUCGGUGUUGGCGUGAGAGCAGACAUACCGUACCAGCCCGUGUAACAGCGAGUUCUCAGACCCGUUGGCUAGUCAAAAUGGAAUUCAACUUGAGUGCCGUCCCGAACUCGGCCGAAAUGCUCGCCCGGUUUCGUUCUGCGUCGUGGUCUUACGUCAUAUUGAUCCUGGUCAUUCUUAUGACCGUCAUCUGUAUUUUCUUGUACAUCGAAGCUUUGAUUUUCCUCUAUCAACGAUUUAAAUUCGGAUCCAGGCGGCGAUAUCUGCUCUAUAUCUGUGGAGUUUUUCCGGCACAUUCCAUGACUUCGCUAAUUGGCCUCUGCGUACCCACAGCUUCAUUUGGGUGCGCUUUCUUGGCCGAUAUAUACAUUGCAGUAGCUCUCUACGUUAUUCUUCUUUUGAUAACGGACCUCUUUGGGGGAGUUGAGCCAAUGGUGAAGGCACUGUCCAAGGUGGACGUUCCAAUGAGACAACCACCGUGUUGCUGCUGCGUCUGUUUUCCCUCUAUCACAGUCGACAAGAAAAUCUUCCACCGAAUUCGCGUUGGUAUACUGCAGUACAUCGCCAUGUUACCGGCUGUUUCACUCCUGCCAGCGAUAUUGUGGGUUGAUCAGCUUAUCCCGUCCAGUCGGUCCAAUAGUAUCUACGACGCGAUCGAGGUACCUGCUAUCGCAAUCAACAUACUGUCAACUUUGACCGCGAUAUACUCCAUCUUGCUCCUGUUCAAGGCGUCGCGAGGUCUGUUGCGAAGCUUUCAGCUCACCGGCCAAUUCAUCUCGGUGCAGCUCGUCCUCUUCUUGGUGAAUUUCCAGCGGGUUCUCCUCACGAUACUUAUGCGGUUCGAUGUCAUCGAGUGCAUCAUACCCUUGACGUGCUUGCGAGAUUUGGUUCUAAAAACCCUUUUGAAUUUCCUGAUCGUGCUUGAGAUGCCCCUGUUCAUGCUUGGCAAUCGUUUUUUCGUCCAGAGGUGGGUUCGAUCCGGCACCUACACUCAGUGCUUCGAGGAUGGCGCCAAAGCCGACGUCGAGGGCGACAAACAGGAUCAACAGCCCUCUCCCGAGCACAAUCACAAUAAUGGGGCAUUCGAAAACAGGGCGAUUUCCGAAAUGACGCCCAAUGAUAUGUUGACAAACCUGUGAAAAAUCCUAGGCCUUAUUGCUUAA